AUGAAAAAGAAAUUUCUGGAGAAGUAUUUUCCGGCAUCGCGGGCGGCGACAUUACGCAAAGAAAUUUUCGGAAUCAAGCAACAACAAGGAGAGACGUUGCACGAAUACCUAGAGAGGUUCAACAGGCUUUGUGCGCGAUGCCCGCAACACCAAAUCACUAACCAACUUUUGCUCCAAUACUUUUAUGAAGGACUGGGCAUGCGAGACCGGAACAACAUUGAUGCCGCUAGCAAAGGAGCACUGGCGGAUAAAACCCCGAAAGGUGCAUGGGAGUUGAUCGCAAGGAUGGCAGAGAAUUCGCAACAAUUCGGAACAAGAGGAGUCGAAUAUUCGGAAGGUAACAAUUCUCUUCGACAACAAAUAUCUGAACUUACAAAAGUUGUUCAUCAAUUGGCUACAGCAAACACACGCCAUGUGAAAGCGUGUGGAAUUUGCACGAGUUCGGAGCAUCACACUGAUGCAUGCCCUACCCUGCAUGAAGACAGUCAUGCCGAUGUGAAGGCAGCAGGUUUCAACCAACCAAGACGCCCACAAUAUGAUCCCUAUUCAAACACCUACAACCCAGGGUGGAAGGAUCAUCCGAAUCUCAGGUAUGGAAAUUCACACCAUCAAGGGUUCCUGCCACAAGCACCUCCGCAACAAUUUGCCCAACCACCACCACCGCCUUCCAAAUCCAAUACUUCACUGGAGGAAAUGAUGAAGACCAUGGCCGCUAACACAAUCCAAUUCCAGCAAGAUACGAGGGCGAGCAUUCAAAAUCUUGAAUCUCGUGUGGAGCAAAUAGCGGCGGAUCUUCGUCAUGUUAAGGAAAGGGAGACGGGGAAAUGGCCAUCACAACCGGAAAGGAACCCAAAGAAUGUUAGUGCCAUGACUUUGCGAACCGGGAAGAUGGUGGGGACUCCGGAACCAAUCAUCCCGAAGGACAAAGACGAGAGCACGAUUGAAAAGGGAAUCAAGAAGGAAGAUGCAAAGAAAAAUGAGGUAAUUGAUAAAACUGUCACUAAAUUAAAUACUAAUCUUGCCCAUUUUCUGUCCAGGUUGGCAAAGCCGAUAAAGCCAAAAAGGGAUAAUGAGAUUUUUGAGAUUUUUCGAAAGGUCGAGCUCAAUAUACCCCUAUUGGACGCAAUCCACCAAAUUCCAAAGUAUGCAAAGUUCAUAAAGGAGUUGUGUACCAACAAACGGAAGUUGAAGGGCGAUGAAUGCAUCAUCGCAAGCAAAAAUGUGUCGGCCCUCCUCCAAAGAAAGAUUCCACCGAAGUGCGGAGACCUGGGUAUGUUCACAAUCCCAUGUAAAAUAGGGCAACUAGAAGUCAAGCAUGCUAUGUUAGAUUUGGGUGCGGCAAUUAAUGUCAUACCAAAAUCAAUCUAUAACUGUUUAAAUCUUGCACCGCUAAAGAAAACCGGGAUUAUUAUUCAACUUGCUAAUAGGACGCAUGCAUAUCCCGAAGGAAUUAUAGAGGAUGUCCUUGUCCAAGUCAAUGAAUUAAUUUUCCCACUUGACUUCUAUGUCUUAGAAAUGCAUGAUGAACAUUCGCCCAACCCAUCACCACUACUUUUAGGAAGGCCUUUUAUGUGUAUGGCGGAUACUAAGAUUGAUGUAAAGAAUGGAAUUUUGACGAUGGAAUUUGAUGGGGAAAAAAUUGAAUUCAAAAUUUUUGAUGCGAUUAAAUAUCCUCUAGAUCCUCACUCUGUUUUCUCGUUAGAUGUUAUUGAUCUUGAAGUGCAGGAUGCUUUUGAGUUGAGGGGUGACGAUGCACUCGAAGUGGUGCUCACGAACACUUGGAGGUUCAAAGCAUGCCUACUCGAGGAUUAA